AUGGCAUUUACUAAUUUAUUUCGACGUCAUUCAACUUUUAUUGAAACUCAAGGAGCUAACUAUGCUUGUUUAGAUGAAAAUUCUACUGCUGAAACAUUAUUAGAUGAACUUGAAACACAAUGCCAAAAUAUUUCAACUUUAUCAGGAUCAUCGAAAACAAAACGUAACUCAGAAGUAUUAGAACAUUCAGGUGGUUUACUUGCAUCAACAUACAAUGCAUGUUUGAAACGACGUUCAUCGGUUGAUUAUUCAUGGUUAACACCACAGAAUAAUCUUUUACAAACACAUAAUGAAUUAUAUCAUUUAUCGGAUAUAAUAAAAAUGGAAUUAGGUGAAUUAAUUCGUAAUGUAGCACCAGAAGAUUGUACAUUUGUUGUUAAUCAAUUUCGUCGACAUGUACGUUCACAAUCAAAAGCUACAACACCUGAAUGUAUCAUUGCUUUAUUUCGUAAAACAUUAGCUGAUUAUAUUGAUCAAAAACACAAAAACCGUUCAAAUUCAAAUUCAAAUUCAAAUUCAAAUUCAAAUGAAAUAGCAAAAACUAAUGAAGGAAAUAAUUUAAUAUCGACAGUACAUAAUUCAUUAUUACGAAAUAAUCGUGUUUUACCUAAAUAUCAAUCGGAAGAAGAACAACAUUCAAUUGCUGAAUUAACUGAAAUUUCAUUAACAUCACCGCAAAAUGAUUCAAAUGACGUAAAACCUCGUUCGAGCACUUAUACAUAA